AUGAACAUACAAAACUCUGCAUUUUGUAGAAGUUGCAAAAAAGCUUUGUUUAGUCACCAAGAAUUAUUCUUUUAUAGAGAUAUAAAUGGUGGACUUCAUUUAGUGAUUGCAAAUGAAGAUAAAAGAGACAAAGUUUGGUACACUGGAGAUAAUCCAUCAGACAAGAAUAGAAACAAGACACCGUACAAGGUACAUUGCUUGGGUUGUAAAAAGGCUAUUGGUAAUCAUGUCAAUCAGUUUUUGGACCAUUUGCCAUACGUACUGACACUGGAUAGUGAAGAGGUAGCCUUGACACACGAACAUCUUGCCAUCAAGUUUUCUAAACAAAAGAAAUGGAAAGAGGUUCAAGGACGUGUAGGAAACUUAAUUCCAGAGUACUCAUCAGCCACUCUACCUGGAGCACCAAAGAUAAAGUCAUCAAACAAACCAUACAAACCAACUGAAUUGCCAAGGGAUGAAGAACACUUUGAGGAAAUCUGUCAAACUGUACAACUGGUCUUUAAACCAUAUGACUAUCAAUGGGAGUCAACAAGGCAAUCAGUACCAAAAAAUACUAUUGUCGUCUUACCAACAGGUAAAGGAAAGACUAAAAUAGCAGUAAUGGUAAUGAAAAUUCUUUAUCAACUAAAUAACUUGAAACAAGAAGAAAAGGAAACCUAUCAAAAAAGAAUGAUUCUAUUUUUGACCAACAAAAUUCCAUUGGCUGAACAACAGGCCAAAGCCAUCAAACAAGAUUGUCCAGAUUUAAAGAUACAUCUGAGAACUGGAGAAGGUGAGAGUGGUAACAUUAUGGAGGAUCGUCAAUAUGAUGUUAUCGUAUGUACAGCAGACAUUAUUAGAAAUUGGAUUGGAUACAAUAUGGCAUCGAUGAAAGAUUUCUAUCUUGUCAUUUAUGAUGAGUGCCAUCAUGCAACUGGUGAACAUGUAUUUGUUAAAUUGGCAGAAGAAAUUAAAAAGCUUGAUAGAGAAUUUCAACCAAGAAUAUUGGGAUUGACAGCAUCACCAAGUACAGGUGGUAAAGAUACAAGUCAAAUAAUGAAAAAUAUUGAUGCUUUGGAAAGAAAUAUUGGAUCGACUAUUUUUAGACCAAAGUCUUUACCAAUGGAGAAUCCAUUAGAGAUGGAAAGUAUAGUGUAUCAAUUUACAAGACAGGAAAUUGGUACUCGUAAAGAAAUUGAUAGUGUUUUGGCAGAAGCUACCAAACGGUUGUGUGACGAGUUAAAAUUUACCGAUCCAAACCUACGAUACAAUGAUCAAAACUAUACAUCAUUCUAUCAGGGGUUAAAGAAAUUAGAUGACUAUCACAGAGACCAAAACCCACCUCGCAUGACAAGUGUUCCAAGUGGUUUGCUCUACAAAUUAUUCAAUUUAAUUGGUAUUUUACAAGUACAAGGUAUCCAAGCUGUACUUACUAGUAUUGUAGAGGAUUUGCAAAUGGAUGAACUAGAUAGUUAUUACACUAGUGCCUACAUGUAUUAUAUGAAGAAAAUACAAAAAGGAGUCUUGGAUCAAUUUGUUGGAACAAAUCCACCACUUUACUCAUCAAAGUACAAAGCUCUAAGAGACUACAUCAAUAACUUUAUUGAAAAAUCCGUUGCAAAUGAUACCAUUUCAGAUGUUCGUGGAAUUGUUUUUGUUAAAACUCGUCAAGGUUGUUCCGAUUUAAUUAAAUUACUUAAAAAGGAACCUGUAAAUUUACAUAUUAAAUCAAAAUUAUUUGUUGGACAUACUGGUGAAGAUGGUAUGUCUACUGAAAAACAAAAUAGAAUCAUGGAGAGUUUUAGAAAAGGUGAUUGUAAAUUCCUUGUUGCUACAAGUGUACUUGAAGAAGGUAUUGAUGUUCAACAAUGUAAUAUGGUCAUUAGUUUUGAUCCAGAUUUAAAUUUAAGAAAUAUGAUUCAAAGAAGAGGAAGGGCAAGAAGUAAAGAUGGUAAAUUUGCAUACUUGAUUAAAGAAGGUGAAACAGAUGAAAUUAAAUCAUUGGAGAAAAACGAAAUUCUUAUGGCCAAGAUUAUUUUGGAGUAUAUGGAUGUAAGAAAAUCGGAAUAUGAAAACUCGAUCAAACAAUACAAGUUUAUCGAUGGAUCUUAUUCUCUAGAUAGAGCUCACCACUCUUUGGUUUUAUCUUUCUAUCAUUACGAUGAAGACCUUUUACAGGAACGAUUAAAGAGUUUGGAACCAAAAUCAAUUGAAGAAGUGUAUUCGAAAAAAGAAAAGAGAAGAUACUUGAAUCAAUACUUGUUGGUUGGUAUGGAAACCAACACCCAAUCAUUUGAAGAUCUAUUCAAAUCGGUUGCAUUGGCGCCAUCAGAGCAAGACCCAUCUUCAGAUGUUGCAUCAAACAACCCUUGCUAUUUCUGGGGUGCGGCAGUAAACAUUCAUGAAAAGCACUCGAUCAGUGGAUCCGACAAGACAGAUAGUUACUUUAGUCGUGCCAAUAUCAAGGUUGGCAACUUUUCAACGCCAACAUGUUUUGUUCCCUCCAAAGAGUACCCAUACUCUAGUUUCAAAGUUGAUCCUACCCAAAGAAAGGUCACUAUCGGAACAAAGGAUCCAAUGCUCACAAUUGGGACUAUCUAUCAUGAAAUCUACUUUGAAGAUUUGGAUGACUUUUUGUUGUACGAUGUUAUUAAAAAAGUAUUUUAUAUCAUCCUCAAAAGACCACCUAAAUUCAUAGCCAAGACUAUAGAUGAUGCUGACCCGAUGAAUCUCUUCGAACAAUUCUACGUUGAUUGGAAUGGACCUGCAAGAGUUUCCUACAGAUACAUGUUGCCAACAGACUAUGUGGAAAUUGGCGCACUUAAAGAUUGUUAUGCAUAUCAAAUCGAAUUCAUAGAAGAGUUGGACAUUGAAGACAUGUAUUAUGGUUGGGAAGAGGAACAACCAACUGAUACCAUUCCAUUUGAAAAAUUGAUUUCUAGAAAGUUAAAAUCUACCUUUUUAUAUUAUUGUUCAAUUUUGGAAGAUGAUACACAUCAAGAUGAUGAUGGAUCACAUCAUUUAUCCGAUUUACGAAAACCUCUAUCUCAAGAUCAUUAUUAUUUAUUAAAUGUUUUAAAAUCGAAUAAGGAAUUUGGUAAAACAUUGAUAGAUUCAAAGUUUUAUGAAAAUAUGGAUUUGGUUAAAGGAAAAGAGAAUAGAUAUGAAUAUUUGAUGAGAGCAAUUGAUUCAGCUCCAUUUGACAAUAGAUUCUAUCAAAUUGAUAGAAUUGGAAAGGUUAAUUUGAAUUCGCCAUUGGAUAGUCUACAAGCAACUCGCGAAAACUAUGCAUUGAUCAAAAAUGUAUAUAUCACACCUACUCGAACUCUAUUCCAAAAACCAUCAAUGUACCAACUCAAUCGUGCUCUUAGAAGAUAUGGUGCCGAUAAUUUCCUGCUCGUUCAUUUUGUCGAAGAGAAUCUUGAUGAAAAGGUCGAAUAUUCCAAGUUUCAAACUAAAAGCAUCGAAAACAUUCUAUUAGAAGGUAUAAUGAUUGAAGGAAUUGGAAGAUUCCAUUAUAUUGGUAAUAGUGCCAGUCAAGCAAGAAGCUCUAGUUGUUGGUUUACAAAUAAUAGAAAUGAUAUUGACACGAUUAGAAAUCAAUUGGUUGAUCUUUCAAUCAACACUGGUAUUGCCAACCCUAGAAAAUACCUACGUUCGCUAGGUCUGGUAUUCUCUGGUACAACACCUUCUAUCAUUAUACCCAACAACCAAUACAACGAAAACCUAGAUGAUGUAAGGAAUGAUGAAGCUAUAUUUACAGAAGGUAUUGGUUUUAUUGGAAAGAAUUUGGCCAACAAAAUCAAUGCUGAAAAUAGUUUCCCGCUUGGAACAUCUUCUUAUCAAAUCCGUAUUGGUGGAAACAAGGGUGUCGUAUCAGUACAUCACUCUAUCGAAAACGGAAUCUAUCUUCGAAAUAGUAUGAAAAAGUUCAAUACCAACAACAGCGAGAUGAACAGAACACUCGAAAUCAUCUCUAUUGCAUCUAAAAAGAAUUGUACACUCAAUCGACAAAUCAUCAAUCUCUUUGGUGGUUUGGGUGUACCCGACAGAUUAUUCUUAAUGUUGGUAAUGGAAUGUUUAGAGAAAUUAGCUCUCAUCCUCCAAGAUUCAUCGAUGGCUAGAUCAGAAUUAAAGAAUAUAGAUUUCUUUAAUCAAUCUGAACCUACUGAGAAGGAGUUAUUAUACGAUCCCCUCAUUCGUCGUAUAUUACAUACUCUUUACAAAAAACAAUUAACCAAAUAUUUGGAUUUUUGUUUUAUUCCAAUCAAAAAUGCUAGAACUCUUCUUGGAGUAAUAGAUGAAACUGGAACAUUGGAGGAAAACCAAGUAUUUGUUAGAAUCACAGCAGAUAAUAAUGAAAUUAUAGUGAUUCAAAGUAAUGUUGCAGUUGUAAAGAAUCCUUGUCUUCAUCCAGGUGAUGUACAACUUGCAAUGGGUGUUGAUAAUCAACUACUACAUCAUAUGCUAGAUGUAGUUGUUUUCUCUCAAAAAGGAACCAUUCCACUCUUUUCCAAAUGUUCUGGUUCCGAUCUCGAUGGUGAUCGUUAUUUUGUCUGUUUUGACACGGAUAUGGUCAAUACUAUCGUACAACACAAAGAUUUUUGCAAUUUGCCAUCAAAAUCUGAUUCUACUGUCAAGGAAAUCAACAAAGAUACAGUGAUUCAACAAUUUAUCGAGAAUACUCAAAAGGGAAGAUUAGGACAAAUCGCACUCAGCCAUCUUGCCAUCUCUGACUACAAGUCACCAACCGACGAUCUAGCCAUUGAACUUGCAAUAGAGCAUUUCAAAGAAGUUGAUUUUGUAAAGACCAAUAUUCAUGGUACCGUCCCCGAACAAGCUCUAGAGCUUACAAAUUAUGGCAGAAGGUAUCCAAUGUUUAUGAAAGCAUCGGUUGGUGCCAACAAAGAAUUUUCAGAGUCGACCAAAGUUCUUGGUAAGAUCUACAAUCAAUGUAGUUCUCUUGUUAGUGUAGCUCAAUAUCUUCCAGACUCUAGAGUCGACGAAUCAAUCUUGGUCAGCGGAUAUGAAGACUAUGUAGAGGAUGCAAGACACCAAUUUAAAAACUACAAAAAGGAAAUUAGAUACCUAAGAUCAAAGUAUAAUAUUGAAAAGGAAGAGGAUAUUAUCAGUAGUUAUAUGGACAAUUCGAUGAGUGGAUCAUCAUACUCAAAGAAUAUAGUAGAGGAUGCAUACAAUCAAUUCUCAGUCCUAGCAGUACAUUAUAGAGAUCUAUUCCUCUUACCAUUUAAAUCAAAGGAAAGUGGUGGUGGUGUUUCAGAUGAAGAUAUCGUCAUCAAAUAUAGACAAGAAAUUGAUAAAAAGGUUUCAGCAUGGUAUUUUGUUUCUUAUGGUGAUGAUAAACUUGAAAAGGUAUUAAGUUUUUAUUGGAUUGUAAAAAGAUAUAUUAAUUUAAAUAGUGAAAGAUAUCAAGUAGAUAGAAAUCUAUUAUCAAAAGAUAUUAUUUCAAAUGUUUUAAAGAAUCAAUGUGAACUGUUUUCAUCGUUUGCAACAAGAUGUCAAAUAUUGAAAAGUGUGAUUAGUGGAUUGAAAAAGUAUUGUCCAGAAUACUUUUCCGAAGCCAAUCUAUUGCUUUAUGGAAGUUCAUCAUUUUUCCUUCAUUCUCCAACUCAAUCUGAUAUCGAUAUCUAUUUGUACACCAAUCAUGGCAGUGCUCUAACAAAUGAUGAUAUAUUUAAAAAGGUUGAACUCGUCCUUAGAUCAAAUGAUAUCGAUGUUGAACACAUUGAAUACAUUGAAAAGACGGCAGUUCCUAUUGUCACUUUUACAAGCAAUGGUAUAUCUUGUGACAUUUCACUCGAUUCUAAUGGAUUUGAUAAAACAAAUUAUGUUUGUUCUUAUAUUGACAAGUAUCCAUUCCUCUAUCCAUUCCUUUAUACUGUGGUGUCGUGGGGUAGAGAAACUGGACUGUUGAUACAUCAAGUAACCGACAUCAAAACAAGAAACCUAAAGACUUGGGCAUUGGUUUGGAUGGUCAUAGAGUAUUGCCUCAAAAAAAAUAUCAUUCAAAAGAUGGAACCUGUUUUCUACACGAAUGACUCCCCCUUUUCAAAAUUAGAAUGGUGGACCAAUAUCUUUAGAAUAAUUAGUAACGACGUAGACAAUAGUAUUGAACAAGUCAUUGGAAAGUAUGUAUUGGACUUUUUCAAAUUCUACACCAAAGAGCUCAGUUUUGGUUAUUUCAACGCUACUCAAUACAAGUUGGUAUGUCCUUUGGAUCGUGUUGAUUUACCAUCUCUGUUACUCGAGCCUGUUUAUCCCAACUAUCACUUUUUACAAGAAACCUUCCAACUUGCAUUCCACUCGCUUUCGUCCAAGGGUGGAAGUAUCACAGAGUUUUUCAAACACUGUCACAACAAAAACUCUAAAGUGAUUUAUCUCGAUCGUCUGUUGGUACACCGACUCAGGGGAGGUGAUGACAUGUCAUUCUUUGAAAACAAUUUAAAGGUUAAAACUGGUGCAACCAACGUUGACAUUCGUCACAUCAAAGGCAAUAGAUACCAGAUGAAGAUAUCUGGUGAUCCAGAAUCCAUUCAAAUGGUCAUUGAAGAGGUUGCAAAUCUCUCCAACAAUAUAUCAACCACUCCAUUCUCAUCGACCAAAAAGAUUGUUACUGGAGGUGGUACUACUCUUUUAAUGGAAGGUUCAGAGACCAAUGGCAACACGAUUAUAUUUGUCAAUAGUACUAGACGUGUGCAUGUUCAACAUUUGGGAAAACGACCUUCUUUCCCAAUGCUCAAAGUUCCAAAUCAGAAUAUUGGUAUUUUGGAUGACGCUCACAUGGAAUACACCAACACUAUCUACCGACAACUCGAAAGAUUCUAUUAUUUUGGAGAGGCAGCUGUGCAUUGGGGUGAUACUCAAGCUCACAUUCGAUUUGGUCAAAUCUACUUUAUCAAUGUCUCUCAUAGUGGUUGUGAAAAGACUCUUGCUGAAACAAGAUUGGGUAUGUCAAAGGGUAGUAAAGAAACGGUCAAAUUUGAAUUAAGUGGUAAUGUAGUCAUCAAACAAGACCACAUUAAAAAGGUUAAAGAAUCUAAAAAGAAGGAUCUUUCAGACUCUGAUGGUCAACCAAGUGGACCGAUUGUAGACACUGCAUCAGUUGCCUUUGUCGAUAGAGGAAAUGAAGACGAGGAAAAGCAAUCAAACAAAACCUCUGAGCCAAAGUCAUCAUUCUUUACAUUUGUCUUGGAUUCUGUCAGAUCGAUGGAAGAUCUUUUACUCGGUGAGGGAUGGACACUCCGUGACAAACCACAUAAAUCCCCUCUUGUUAUCCACAUGACACUCAAUACUUUGGACCGUCUCAAGAAAAAGACAGAGUACAAGAUUAGAGUAUCCAAAGAUUUUAAAAAGAUUGUCAUGCAAAACCCAACCCUUACAUGGUUUGGAUCGGAUCUAAAGUCUAGAAACGAUGAACACUUUGACCUUCGUUAUUCUAUACAAUCGAGAAAAGCAUACCCCAAGAUAUUUGUUGGUGACGAGGAAAGUUGCAAAGCAGAAUGGAUUAAAAAACAACCAUACAUGGAUGCACAUCUAUUGGGCAAACUGUUAAUCACACCAAACCGUGUCAACACUCUUACCAAAUACGAAGUCCAUCCAGAGAUUAAAGAGAAUAUUGUAUUGAUCCGAGAACACACAAAUAAUAGAACCUAUGUUCCACCGGCCGGACAUCCACUUGCCUACUAUAACAUCUCUGCCACGCUGACAGAAAUUCAAGAAUUUGAUAAGUCUGGCAAGAUCCUAACCAAAAAGACUGAAUUGGAAUUCUCAAUGAACCUUCCAAGACAAGUUGACACUGCCCUCUUUGUAACUCCCUAUUGGCAACAAGGUAUCGAUUUCUUAAAUCUUUUAAACAAAAAAAAGGAUGACAUUGAUUCUGAUUGUCAUGAUAACAAACGUCAACAUUAUGAAGUUGGUAAUGAUCAUUGUUUUAAAUAA